GCAAAGUAGCCCGGAGAGAGGCUGCAGAGGAUCCCAGUAAGAAGAAGAAGAAGAAGCAAAGGCAAAGUGGCCCGGAGAGAAACGCUGCAGAGGAUCCCAAGAAGAAGAAGCAAAGGCAAAGUAGCCCGGAGAGAAACGCUGCAGAGGAUCCCAAGAAGAAGAAGAAGCAAAGGCAAAGUAGCCCGGAGAGAAAGGCUGCAGAGGAUCCCAAGAAGAAGAAACAAAGGCAAAGUAGCCCGGAGAGAAAGGCUGCAGAGGAUCCCAAAAAGAAGAAGAAGAAGCAAAGGCAAAGUAGCCCGGAGAGAAAGGCUAUAGAGGAUCCCAAGAAGAAGAAGGAGCAAAGGCAAAGUAGCCCGGAGAGAAAGACUGCAGAGGAUCCCAAGAAGAAGAAGAAGAAGCAAAAGCAAAAUAGCCCGGAGAGAAAGGCUGCAGAGGAUCCCAAGAAGAAGAAGGAGCAAAGACAAAGUAGCCCGGAGAGAAAGGCUGCAGAGGAUCCCAAGAAGAAGAAGAAGAAGCAAAGGCAAAGUAGCCCGGAGAGAAAGGCUGCAGAGGAUCCCCAGAAGAAGAAGAAGAAGCAAAGGAUCCCUCAGAAGAAGAAGCAAAGGCAAAAUAGCCCGGAGAGAAAGGCUGCAGAGGAUCCCAAGGAGAAGAAGAAGCAAAGGCAAAGUAGCCCGGAGAGAAAGAUUGCAGAGGAUCCCAAGAAGAAGAAGAAGCAAAGGCAAAGAAGCCCGGAGAGAAAGGCUGCAGAGGAUCCCAAGAAGAAGAAGAAGCAAAGGCAAAGUAGCCCGGAGAGAAAGGCUGCAGAGGAUCCCAAGAAGAAGAAGAAGAAGAAGCAAAAUAGCCCGGAGAGAAAGGCUGCAGAAGAUCCCAAGAAGAAGAAGAAGAAGCAAAGGCAAAGUAGCCCGGAGAGAAAGACUGCAGAGGACCCCAAGAAGAAGAAGAAGAAGCAAAGGCAAAAUAGCCCGGAGAGAAAGACUGCAGAGGAUCCCAAGAAGAAGAAGAAGCAAAGGCAAAAUAGCCCGGAGAGAAAAGCUGCAGAGGAUCCCAAGGAGAAGAAGAAGCAAAGGCAAAGUAGCCCGGAGAGAAAGGCUGUAGAGGAUCCCAAGAAGAAGAAGAAGAAGCAAAGGCAAAAAAGUCCGGAGAGAAAGGCUGCAGAGGAUCCCAAGAACAAGAAGAAGGAGCAAAGGCUAAGUAGUCCGGAGAGAAAGGCUGCAGAGGAUCCCAAGAAGAAGAAGAAGCAAAGGCAAAGUAGCCCGGAGAGAAAGGCUACAGAGGAUCCCAAGAAGCAGAAGCAAAGGCAAAGUAGCCCGGACAGAAAGGCUGCAGAGGAUCUCAAGAAGAAGAAGAAGAAGCAAAGGCAAAGUAGCCCGGAGAGAAAGGCUGCAGAGGAUCCCAAGAAAAAGAAGAAGCAAAGGCAAAGUAGCCCGGAGAGAAAGGCUGCAGAGGAUCCCAAGAAAAAGAAGAAGCAAAGGCAAAAAAGCCCGGAGAGAAAGGCUGCACAGGAUCCCAAGAAGAAGAAGAAGAAGCAAAGGCAAAAGAGUCCGGAGAGAAAGGCUGCAGAGGAUCCCAAGAAGAAGAAGAAGAAGAAGAAGCAAAGGCAACGUAGCCCGGAGAGAAAGGCUGCAGAGGAUCCCAAGAAGAAGAAGCCAAGGCAAAGUAGCCCGGAGAGAAAGGCUGCAGAGGAUUUCAAGAAGAAGAAGAAGCAAAGCAAAAGCGGCAGAGGGUCCAAGAAGAAGAAGCAAAGGCAAAGUAGACCGGAGAAGAGAGAGGCUGCAGAGGAGCCCAGCAAGACGAAGAAGAAGCAAAGGCAAAGUAGCCCGGAGAGAAACGCUGCAGAGGAUCCCAAGAAGAAGAAGAAGCAAAGGCAAAGUAGCCAGGAGAGAAAGGCUGCAGAGGAUCCCAAGAAAAAGAAGAAGCAAAGACAAAAAAGUCCGGAGAGAAAGGCUGCAGAGGAUCCCAAGAAGAAGAAGAAGAAGCAAAGGCAAAGUAGCCCAGAGAGAAAGGCUGCAGAGGAUCCCAAGAAGAAGAAGAAGCAAAGGCAAAGUAGCCCGGAGAGAAAGGCGGCAGAGGAUCCCUCAGAAGAAGAAGCAAAGCCGGAGAGAAAGGCUGCAGAGGAUCCCAAGGAGAAGAAGAAGCAAAGGCAAAGCAGCCCGGAGAGAAAGGCUGCAGAGGAUCCCAAGAAGAAGAAGAAGCAAAGGCAAAGUAGCCCGGAGAGAAAGGCUGCAGAGGAUCCCAAGAAGAAGAAGAAGAAGAAGAAGCAAAAUAGCCCGGAGAGAAAGGCUGCAGAAGAUCCCAAGAAGAAGAAGCAAAGGCAAAGUAGCCCGGAGAGAAAGGCUGCAGAGGACUCCAAGAAGAAGAAGAAGCAAAGGCAAAAUAGCCCGGAGAGAAAGGCUGAGCGGCUGUUUGUAGAGGAAUCACACGAAGAAGAAGACGCAAAGCAAAGUAGCCCGGAGAGAAAGGCUGCAGAGGAUCCCAAGAAAAAGAAGAAGCAAAGGCAAAAAAGCCCGGAGAGAAAGGCUGCAGAGGAUCCCAAGAACAAGAAGAAGAAGCAAAGGCAAAAGAGUCCGGAGAGAAAGGCUGCAGAGGACCCCAAGAAGAAGAAGCAAAGGCAAAAGAGCCCGGAGAGAAAGGCUGCAGCGGAUCCCAAGAAGAAGAAGCAAAGGCAAAGUAGCCCGGAGAGAAAGACUGCAGAGGAUCUCAAGAAGAAGAAGAAGAAGCAAAGGCAAAGUAGCCCGGAGAGAGAGGCUGCAGAGGAUCUCAAGAAGAAGAAGAAGAAGCAAAGGCAAAGUAGCUCGGAGAGAAAGGCUGCAGAGGAUCCCAAGAAGAAGAAGAAGGAAAGACAAAAUUGCCCGGAGAGAAAGGCUGCAGAGGAUCCCAAGAAGAAGAAGCAAAGGCAAAACAACCCGGAGAGAAAGGCUGCAGAGGAUCCCAAGAAGAAGAAGAAGAAGCAAAGGCAAAGUAGCCCGGAACGAAAGGCUGCAGAGGAUCCCAACAAGAAGAAGAAAAAGAAGAAGAAGAAGAAGCAAAGGCAAAGUAGUCCGGAGAGAAAGGCUGCAGAGGAUCCCAAGAAGAAGAAGAAGCAAAGGCAAAAGAGCCCGGCUGCAGAGGAUCCCAAGAAGAAGAAGAAUAAGAAGAAGCAAAGGCAAGCAAGACCGGAGAGAAAGGUUGCAGAGGAUCCCAAGAAGAAGAAGAAGCAAAGGCAAAAGAGUCCGGAGAGAAAGGCUGCAGAGGACCCCAAGAAGGAGAAGAAGAAGCAAAGGCAAAGUAGCCCGGAGAGAAAGGCUGCAGAGGAUCCCAAGAAGAAGCAGAAGCAAAGGCAAAGUAGCCCGGAGAGAAAAGCUGCAGAGGAUCCCAAGAAGAAGAAGAAGCAAAGGCAAAGUAGCCCGGAGAGAAAGGCUGCAGAGGAUCCCAAGAAGAAGAAGAAGCAACAGGCCAAAGUAGACGGGAGAGAGAAAGAUGAAGAGGAUCCCAGGAAGAAAGAAGAAGCAAAUGGGCAAAGAGAGAGAAAGGUGCAGAGGAUCCAGAAGAAGAAGCAAAGGCAAAGUAGCCAGGAGAGGAAGGCGCAGAGGAUCCCAAAGAAGAAGAAGCAAAGGCAAAGUAGCCCGGAGAGAAAGGCUGCAGAGGAUCCCAAGAAGAAGAACAAGCAAAGGCAAAGUAGCCCGGAGAAAGAUGGUAGAGGAUCCCAAGAAGAAGAAGCAAACCAAAGUAGCCCGGAGAGAAAGGCUGCAGAGGAUCUCAAGAAGAAGAAGAAGCAAAGGCAAAGUAGCCCGGAGAGAAAGGCUGCAGAGGAUCCCAAGAAGAAGAAGAAGCAACGUCAAAAUAGUCCGGAGAGAAAGGCUGUAGAGGAUCCCAAGAAGAAGAAGCAAAGGCAAAAUAGCCCGGAGAGAAAAGCUGCAGAGGAUCCCAAGAAGAAGAAGCAGCAAAGCCAAAAUAGCCCGGAGAGAAAGGCUGCAGAGGAUCCCAAGAAGAAGAAGAAGCAAAGGCAAAGUAGCCCGGAGAGAAAGGUUACAGAGGAUCCCAUCAAGAAGAAGAAGCAAAGGCAAAGUAGCCCGGAGAGAAAGGCUGCAGAGGAUCCCAAGAAGAAGCAAAGGCAAAGUAGCCCGGAAAGAAAGGCUACAGAGGAUCCCAAGAAGAAGAAGAAGAAGCAAAAGCAAAUAAGGCCGGAGAGAAAGGCUGAGGAUCCCAAGAAGAAGAAGAAGCAAGGGCAAAAUAGCCCGGAGAGAAAGAUUGCAGAGGAUCCCAAGAAGAAGAAGCAAAGGCAAAGUAGCCCGGAGAGAAAGGCUGCAGAGGAUCCCAAGAAGAAGAAGAAGCAAAGGCAAAACAACCCGGAGAGAAAGGUUGCAGAGGAUCCCAGCAAGAAGAAGAAGAAGCAAAGGCAAAGUAGCCCGGAGAGAAAGGCUGUAGAGGAUCCCAAGAAGAAGAAGCAAAG